UGAAUUUAUGAAUCGAAAUUUGUAUAUCCUGUCGGAUCGAACGGCUAAUGACUUGGUUUUCUGGCUUGCUCUUCGAGAUAGAGUCCAAGCGAAGAAGUGCGUCAUCUUUGUGGAGUGGUUGAAGAGAAGAGGAGCAGGAGUUGGUUGUCAAGAUCUGGUAGAGAAAAAGAGACAGAAAGAGAGGAUGUCGAAGCUGAAUGCCUUCUUCAACAAGGGAGCCAGGGUCGCAAAAUGUAAAACACUUUUGAACUUGGCUUUGCCACGAAUAAAGUUGCUAAGGAAUAGAAGAGAGAUCCAGCUGAAGCAAUUGCGCAGAGAAAUCGCCAAACUCCUGCAGACUGGCCAAGAGGCAACAGCUUGCAUACGAGUGGAGCAUAUAAUCAGAGAAAAGAAAAUGAUGGACGCACAGGAAAUUAUUGAGCUAUUCUCUGAGCUGAUUAUUGUCCGCCUUCCAAUUAUGGAGACACAAAGGGAAUGCCCUCUAGAUCUAAAAGAGGCAAUUUCAACUCUCUGUUUUGCUGCACCAAGGUGUGCAGACCUACCAGAGCUGCUGCAAGUUCAAACGUUGUUUGCUGCAAAAUAUGGGAAAGAAUUUGUUGCUGCUGCAACAGAACUUAUGCCAGAUUCUGCUGUCAACCGCCAGGUAAUUGAAUUGCUAUCUGUCCGUGCUCCUCCUGUUGAGGAGAAGCUAAAGCUACUUAAGGAGAUAGCAGAAGAGCAUGAACUACACUGGGACCCAACUGCUACGGAAAAGGAACUUUUGAAGUCUCACGAAGACUUGCUGCAUGGCCCAACCAAAUUCACCAGUGGAUCCAAAGUUCGAUUUCCCAAAGAGAAGCAUGCCGAGCGAUUCUAUUCUGGGGCAGCUGGCGAUUCACACAAACAAGCGGAUUCAGAGGCAGCUUUUGAGACUUCAGAUCUUCCAGAAGUUCCUCAAGGUUCAGUUCCAAAAAAUAUUGGGUCAGGAAUAACCACAAGCGCCACCCCAGCUGCUUCCUCCCAGGAUUCAGCUGUGGUUUCUGCGAUGGAUGCACAUGAUAUGUCAGCCCAUAUGAAACAACAUCCAGGUGAAGAUGUUUCAGGUGCACCCAGUUGCGGGAGAGAACAUGUAGGCCUAGCCACCAAUGGAAGUGUUCCAGGCCCACCCUGUUAUGCAGGAUCCAACAGCUCAGUUAACAGGGUUCAUAUGCUGCCGUUGAACCUUGGUGCAUAUUUCAGUACACCCUCUUGUAUUGCUCCUGAAAACGAGUUUCAUGAGAAGAAGGUGGGUUUGCAUCCCGAUAAAGUAAAGUUGGAAUCUCCCCCUUGUGUAGCACCUAGCAGUCUGUUAGAAACCACAGAGGAAAAUCACCUGUUUCCCAGUUUAGAUUCACGCUCAACAUCAUCUGCUGAAGAUAAGAGUUCAGCCGCUCAGGAAGGGAAAGAAUUCCCUUGCUGUCCACAAGCGACAUCUGGGUCAUCUCUCAGUCAACAUCCCCCUUCAAUUUCAAGAACCAAGGUGGAUUCUGCUGUCAGCUUUCAGGAUGUUUUGGUAGCUGCCGAGCAGGCUGCUGAAACUGCCGAGCGUGCUGCUGCUGCUGCUCGUUCAGCUGCAAGUCUAGCACAAAUCAGAAUCUCUGAGAUUUACAUGAAAAAGAACAAUGAUCCCACUGAAAUUGGAAACGAAGGUGUUUUCCACAAGAAGGAAUCACAUGAUUCUCUGUCCGUGGCAUCGAGGAAACAUGUUAACAGUGGAGAUGAACCUUCAUACCCACUUGCACCCCAAGCCAAGGAGCAACAUCAUAGGUCAGACACAUCAGCUCUCCCUUCUUAUGGCACAGAAGUGAGGGGGUCGUUCGGUUUUGGUAAGCAAGGUGAUGGGCAUCUGUCAUCUCAUCAGCCUCAGCAAUCAGCCUCAACGGAUGAUGAUCCUGAUUUCUCUUACCCGAAUUUGUUUAAGUCUCAGGGUUCCAAUAGCUGCCAUACUGGUUUUUGAUCCAUGAUAGCUCAUAGCUGGCUUGUUUGCGGGAUCAUGGUUGUAGUAUUACUGUCAUCCUGUUCACUGCUGUUAUGUGAUUGAAAAAAUUGUGUAUAAAGUUUGGCACGAGUGCACAAACUAGACCAUUGUUAGCAUUCUCUAUUAUUUAUGAAAUUGCUUCAAUAA